AUGCAAGAAAAGUCAAGGUCAUUUGGAGCACGUGAAAUGCCUCCUUUAGCGAAGAACAAUGAUAUUAACGCAGCCUUUCCAGGAUGUGACUUCAUGGAAUUUUAUCAAUGCAGUAGAGAGAAAAAAAGACUGCAUAUGCCUUUACACCUGUCUCACUAUACGAGCAGUCCACCUUCAGGAGAGGGGUCUCAAAAAUCAUUCGAACCGAUUGUGGUACAAACUUCAAAAGGGUCAAACUUCAAACUUGGAGAACGCGUUAUCGAUUCAAUAUUCGAACAAGAUGGCAAAAAUACCAGAGACUCGGUGAUGUCCUAUAACACUAAGGGACACAUGGAUCUUCAAUACAUCCGGUGCUCCGUUGAUGGGAAGAGCUUAUUGCUGAUUGGGACAGUGGAGCGCGCUUCCACGAAAUCCGUUGGACGAAAGAAACUAUCACAUUCUGAGCUAUACACUAUCAUAACUCAGAUUGAAACCAUCGUUAACACAAGGCCUCUUACAAGUCUUUGCACGUCAAGUGUGGACAACAUUCCUAUUAGAGUUGUUGAUUUCCUUCAGAGUAGUCUAAAAUAUAGUUUGAUGCCAACUGAUGAUCUCGAAGAAGGAGAUCCUGCAUUCGAUCCCAGUCUAAUUCAAGCAGUUGUGUAG